AUGCGAGUGGUUGGCGGGAAGCUCGGCGAAGACAACCGUUUAGGUGCCUACGUGCGAAGUGUUGAAAGUGGAGGACCUGCCGAUCUUCAAGGCAACAUACGAGAAGGGGAUCAAAUAUUGACAUGGGAUGGUCAGUCGUUAGUGGACGUGACGUACGAAGAAGCCCAGGAAAUUAUGGACCGGUCUGGUAACAUUGUUCAAAUUGUCAUUUGGCAUCGACCAAUCACGGAAGAGGACACUGUUGGACCGACAGCUGCAGAACGGCGAGAGAAGUUCCAAAAAGCUGAUUCUGCCGAUGUGGAAUUAACGGAGACGAAAGAUAAAGAAUUCGAAAAUUUGGGAAUUAAACGAAAGCGAAGAAUUCUUCCCAAAACUCCGUUAGAAAUCAAGAAAGAUACGACAAGGGUGAUUGUAGGGCGUUUACAGAUGAAAAUCAACUACAUUUCUGAGAAGAUGAAAUUAACGAUAACAAUAAUGAAAGUCGUCGAUCUUGUGCCACCAGACAAGCCUAAACGAAAAAUACCGAGCCCUCUCGCUAUGCUACGAUUACUGCCAUCGAGUUUUCUUUUGUUUCCUUUCUAUUUUUUGCUUUCUUUCUUCUUACUUUCUUUCUUUUUCGUUCUCUUUCUUUCUACCCCUUUCACUUUCAUUCUCUUUUUUACUCACUUUCUAUCUCUCUCGAUGUAUAUAUCUUUCCAUUUCCCUCUUCUAACCAGAAUUAACAUUUUUUACCCUCUCUCUCUUUCUACCACUUAUAUAUAUAAGUGCUCACUUUUCAUCCUUUUCUUUCUCUCUCUUCUUUCUUUCUAUUUGUCUUUCUUUCUCUCUGUCUUUAUUCCUCAUCGGUCUCUAAAAACAACAGCCUUGGAAGUGACAUUAUGGUCAUUCAAUAAAAACGCUGACGACACUUUUAUUGGCGAAGUUUUACUCGACUUGUAUGAAGCUGCGCUGGAUGACCAACCAACCUGGUAUGACUUAGAGGAUCACGAUGAGAACAGCUCUCCAUUGCCGGAUCGAACCAAAAUGUAUCCGGAAAAUUCGCCGAUGAGUUCAACUUCAACUGAAACCUCCAGAACCGGAACACCUUGCAGAGGAUCAUCGCCAAGUCCGUUCAACAGAAGCCCUGCCGGUUCCUUCAGCCAAAGAAGUAUGUCAGUCACACCAACACACGACAAACGAAAACAUUUACUCAGCAAAAAGUCUCCAGGUAAGCAUUCUUUUUCUCCAUCUGUUUCUUUCUCCCCACCCCCACUCUCUCUCUCUCUCUCUUUCUCCCCCACUCUCUCUCUCUUUCUCUCUCUCUCUUUCUCUCUCUCUCUUUCUCUCUCUCUUUCUCUCUUUCUUUCUCUCUCCCCGCACUCUCUCUCCCUCUCUUUCUCUCUCUCUCCCCCCUCUCUUUCUCUCUCUCUCCCCCUCUCUUUCUCUCUCUCUCUUUAUGUCCCUCUCUUUCUCUCUAUAUUAGUUUAUUUCUAA